AUGCGAUUAUUAGGUGUGGAUGCUAUAGUCGAAAGUGAAACUAAAUAUGUGAAGGAAUCCAUGUUUCUUUUUCAGAUAUUCAUCAAAAAUCAGCGGCGUUCCGCAGACUGUUUCGUCCCGGGGUUUUCGUAUGUUUCCUUCGUCAAUACAGCCGAGGAGAAUUCGACAUCGCCCGAAUUCUCGCUGCCGUUAACUCGGCUAUCGUCUUGUGGCAUUGACAUACGAAGAAACCCAACGCGAGGUCUCGAGCUGUUCGCCGUGUUCGUUUUCGCUUUCCAUCCGUCAUUUGUGACGGCCGGUGAUCGAGCUUUCGCCGUUCAUUGUCUCUUCCAACAGGAACAAAUCACCGUAUCGGCUCGAUUCGACUUCAUCAGUGACAUCGUUCCAAAGGCAGUGCUUGGUGCGACGUCCUCGUUGCCGAAAGUCGACUUCACCAUAGUGCAGGGAAGAGUCCCGAGCGGCGCAAAAGUCGUUGGUCAAGUGCCCAUCGGCCACCCGCUCAUGCUGGUCUGGGCCCUCGGCGAAGAAUCAAGUAAGUUUCCCUCCUGUUUCGCUUGA